CGCGGCAUUGAUGGGACUCAAACGCUCACGAGACGGAGCUAACAUGGGGACAGGAAAGCAGGAGCAGCAGGCGGCGACGCCUUACAUGUCCAUGUUCGAGGGUUUUCGGAACGAGCUGGAUGAACACCAUGACCGGCGCGAGAGGAUCAUCAAGGCAUCUCGAGACAUCACCGCAGCAAGCAAGAAGAUAAUCUUCACCCUCCAGAGGGUCCGCAAGCUUGGGCAGCCCGUGCCGCAAUUUGUCGUGAAGGGCAAUGCACAGUAUUGGGAGAUCAUUGAGAAUCGAUACCAGUCCAUCUCUCCGGAGGUUCAAGGAUUGGGCGCGUAUCGAUAUGAGCGCAAUGUAACUGGUGGGAACCAGGAGUUCAUGGAAGCAUUGAGUUUUCAACAUUAUCUGGAGACGCAAACGCUCAUACCCUACAACGACGCCGCAUCCCGCAUAGCAUCCAUGAGCGGCGAAGGCGGAGCGGUGAAUCUUACACCGGAGGACUAUAUCCUAGGUGUCUUCGACAUGGUUGGCGAAUUGAUGAGAUUCUCAAUCACGGCCAUGGCUACCAGCGGCGAACUCCCGGCAGGCAAGGCGAAGAAGGCGGAGAGCACGAAGCAAGAGGCGGUUGAGGAUCAAGCAGACGACAAGAUGGAUGUCGAUGAGCAAGCGACGUCGUCGAGCCACGCAGAGAAACCGCGCAAUGUCCUGGACGACCUCCGAGAGCUUCGCCUCCAACUCGAGAUUUUCGAAACACCCCCAGGAACCAAGUUCGAGUCGGACGUAAAGAAGAAGAUGGACGUCAUGCGGGAGUGUGUAGACAAGGUCGAGAAGGCUCUGUACGGUCUUACUGUGCGAGGGUCUGAGCGGCCGAAGGGCUGGGUGCCGGACUUGAGGGAUGAGAGGCCGGCGGAGGUUGAAAGCUACUGAGACGGCGGUCUGGGACUGAGGCGGUGGCUGGCGUCGGAAUGAGCGACGAAAGCCCGCAGCUUGACUGUGGCAUGUACUACAACGAACAAUCAAUGAUUGACUACUUGACUGUGGCAUGUACUACAGC